GACGUAACAACUGACGGUUUUUCUUUCUGGCCACGGCAAUAACCGGUUCUUCUCUUCUUAUAUUUCUCCUCUGUUUCUCAUUUCUCUAUCCAGUCUGUGCUUUUUCUCUUCCUCACAGAAAAAUCUCAACAGAAACCCAAAAAAAUAAAAAUAAAAAUUCGAACCUGAAAUUAGGAGGAAAAGGCAUCUGCAUGAGGACGCUCAGUGUUUGCCACAGAAUCAUCCACCAAAUUUCAUGGCUCCACGUAUUCCUCGCCAUCGUGGCGGCACAGAACAGAACCAAUGCACAGCCGGAACUAAACAAUUUGUACAACAACUUCGACCCGUCCAUGGCGAUCCUGGUGAUAAUCUUGGUGUGCGCUUUUUUCAUUUUAGGAUUCAUAUAUAUUUAUGUUCGUCACUUCACUGAAAGCAGCGUCCCUCUCUCGAGUACCCAUCAGCCUAGCGCAUCUGGUGGAGUAAUGCCGAUUCAGGGUACAAUAGAGGAGAAUCGGCUACCGAGAGCAGCAAUUCCGGUGAAAUUUUCUAGAUCGCACACGACGGGGCAUACAGUUCUGAUUCCACCAGGGGAUAACAUAGAAAGGUAUACUUUGAGAUUACCGAAGGAAAUCAGGAGACAAAUACUGACCCCAGAAGUCCUGAAACGGACGAGGAGCUACAACGCCAUUUUCCCCAGGGAAGGUAGUUCGAGGAGGGGGUAUAGGAACGGCGGCGGGGAAAGGAGCAGCGAAGGGAAAUGGGUAUUUUCAAUGGCGGCACCGUUUGUUUCCAGGACGGGUUCUGUUAUGUCACAAAAGAUUGGUGGAGGUGAUGGAUAUGGGUCGAAUUUGUGGAGGGGUCCGACGGCUGUUAGCCGUUAAAUUGUCUUAUUUAGUUCGAAGGUUUUAGCCCCUGGUUUUGAUUGUAGGUUGUGAAAUUGUAAAUAAGAUGAGCAAAUCAAAAGGUACUCACGAU